AGAAGUACUUCCGAGCAAAUGGUCGUCUGUUUCUUCGGCAAAACCAUGAGGCGACUGUUCCACUUGGGCAACAUAAGACGGCAAAUUUUGAGCAUUACACAUCACAAUUUGAAUGCCUUAAGUGUUCGGAGAAAUUCGAAAAACGAACAAGAGAAGAAGACACCAUGACAACUCCAGCCCUCACACAUCGGCUUAAACCAGAGCUUUUUGACCGGCCAAACGUCGAAUUAAUGAGUCAUCCGCCGUACAGUCCUAACUUGGCACUCAAUGGUUUCUUUUUAUCCCCGCACAUUAAGAUUAAAAUGCGUAGUCAAUGAUUUUCGUCGUUAGAGGGAAUUGAAGCUUUUAAUAACCAUGUUUUGAAGGUGUCUCAAUCGGAGUGGAAAAAAUGCUUCGAAAAUUGGCUUGAGCGAAUGGAAAAGUGUAGGACGCAGAAGGCGACGACAACGACGCUUGUGACCCACUGCUGAAUAUGUUCGCACAGCAUCUUACGACAUAUCCAGUAUGACUAAACUCCCGUUGUAAAGUGAGGCCAGAGCAAGAUCGGAAAUGCACCGGUUACUCCUCACCGACACCGACCGAUUAUGGAGGCGGUUCUGGCAAACCGAUUCUUUACAAUCCCGGCACGGACCAGAAGCGUGCGGAGAAGGCACUCCGGGAUGUGCCUCUCCCAUGACGAAGAAAGACGAACACGUACACUGAGGUGGCAGCCCUUACCGAAGAGGGUUCUAUCGGGUCAUUCCGGAACGUACAACCGGCUGCCUUGGGAUUGCAGAUAAGUAAUACGUAACGGCCUGCGUUAUGGAAAUUUGCCAGUAUUAGUUGUUCUUACCGGAGAAGAUAUGUCAUACGAUUGGCCUCGCAACAGAGUGACUGGUCUAGAUAUGGCUGCGGAAGGUUUAGUCGUUAUUACCAUACAAUAUCGCACCAACAUAUUCGGCUGGAUAAAUGCCCCCGAAAAUAAUGAACUCAGUGGCAACUAUGGCCUACAAGAUCAGAUGUUAGCUCUGGACUGGAUACAAGAAAAUGUAAAAAGUUUAGGUGGAAAUUCCAAUCAUAUAACGUUGUUGGGUCAUGGCACCACUGGAGCCGCAUGUGCCCUCUUGCACUUUGUACAAAGUCAACAAUCGUCAUAUCCUAUGGCGCCAUUAUUCAACCAAAUGAUUCUGAUGUCCGGAGGUGAUAUUGAGAAACAAGUGGCUCCACUUGCUCAGGUGCAAGAGGCUUCAAGAGUCUUGGUGCAAAAACUAGGUUGUCAGUUUGAAGAAAAUGGCAAACAAAUGGUUUCGUGUUUACGCUCUAAAAGUGUCAGUGAUGUCCUUAAGGCUUUCGAUAGUAUCUACGAUCAUGGUAAUGGCACUUUUCAUCUGGGUCCCAGUAUUGCCUACAAUUUAGCAGAUAUUUUCAAUAACAUGACCAUAAUGAACAAUGCACCGAAUACCAUGAUGGGAAUCACUUCAAAUGAGGGAGCAUUUCUUCCUGAUUAUUGGCUUGAAUUGGCUCGAGAUAAUUAUGAAAGCCUUAAAUCCUAUGUCAACUACACCCUGUUGAAAGCGUUCAUUGGAGCAAACGGCCCAAACAGUAAUCAACAUAUCUUGGAAGCUUUGAAUUGGCGAUACUUUAAUAGUGGGCCGGAUGGGGAUCGCAUACAGUUGCUGGCUUCCAUGCAAAAAUUUAUAUCGGAGUAUGAAUACGAAAUACCAUUUUAUCGUCUUUUAAAUCAAAUGUCUAAUAUGUCAUCCACCUCUGAGAUUUACGCAUACAUCUAUGACUUCGCUAAUACAAUGGAUAUGCGCGGUAAGGUUAAUCUAUUCGCUGGAGCGUCGCAUUCAUCCGAUCUACCUUUAAUCUUUGGCCCUUCGUUGUUUCAACAAAUAUCGCGUCGACGUUUCACCAUUGACGAGGAAAAGAUGUUUCGUAAGAUGCGAACUCCCAUCAUUAAUUUCAUAAAAAGCGGCAAUCCCAACCCCGGUCGUGUAUAUGAGGGCUGGCUACCAUAUACGCAAAAGGAAAAGUUCAUUUUCAAUUUGGGAGAAGCAUGGAUUUCGCAACGUGGCGACAUUUUGGAUCUAGACAUGGCAAAUAUUCCAAAAAUCGAGCAGCUAUUGGAUAGCGAAAGGGCUUUAUCUGUCCGUUCUAGGCUAAACCGCAAUCAAUUCAACAACCCCUAUCAAAUGCCCUCCGAUAAACGAUCUAUCCAAAAUGCAUCUAUGAAUUUAAUAUCGAAGCGAAACUCUGAAUAUGCUCUUCAUUUGAAGAGGGUCUAUGGCUAUUGGCAAGUGUUUCUGCCCCAAAGCUUUUCUUCCAACGGGCAAUACUCCGAUGACAUUGUUACGCAGCGCCUGUUGUAUAUGGAGGCUUCCGCCGAUGCCGCCCGAUACAAACAAGGAUUCUUUGUAAUGCUGAUUCUGGUAUCAGUGCUCAUGGCCCUUUUGGGUCUAUGUAUUUAUCUGCUUCGACGCAAUCCCCUAGAGCCAUCACCACAUUUCGAUUGUGAUUUAUGACAUAAGUGGUGGCUUCGGCAAAAGAUCUUCAAGUGUUGUCCCAACUUCAGCAGAGGUUCAAACUCGGGAGUGACGCACGAAUUUAGUCAACCCGUACAAGCAAGUAACUGGAGUAGGGAGACACGUUUGCCGAAGCACCCCACCCAACAUGCCCCCAAGCCUUUCGAUUACAGGCAACGCCAAAGGCGACAGUCCAUUGAAAUACCAACAUCAACCAAUAACCAUCACAGACGAUCAGCCAGAAGCGAUACUAAACCAGUGGAAAUGGCAAAGAGUACACCUACGCCCGCAUCCAAACUUAAAUCUAUAACAACCGCAACGUCGGUCCAGCAAAGCGCGUCGGCUAGUUCUCGCAAUCUACCACAUUUUACGGACGCUGAAGGUAUCAGAAAUUGGCAAUAUCAGUUGACAUGUGAAAAACUUUAAAGACUACACAGAAGAAUCAAUGUGUACAAUUUAUUUAAGCCUUUUCCAAAGAGAAACCAAAGAGUAGUUUUAAGAAACUUAUUCACUAUAAAAGAGUGUUACGUUAUUUAUUUCAAAUAAAGUUUUCUUUACAGAUAAUA